CAGAACUGGUGCUCUGAGUCCUCAGUGAAAAGAAAUACAUUUCUUUCUUCUUCUGUAUGAACUAUCUUCUGUGCCAGACUUCCUUCUCUAAGAAAGAUCCUUCAGGGCACAGUACAAACUUGCUCAGUUUGCUCCUCUCUCCCCCUCCCCUCUCUGCUGUCUCUCUCUACCUUCUCUGCUGUGGAAUCUGAACUGAAAGCUAUUCCGUGCCUGCAUGCUGCUGCCUGGAAGUGAAGUCAAACCAAGCUAAAAUGGCAGCUGCUAUCUUAAACAAACAGAGGAAGAUUCUAGGGCUUUUUACUCAGAACCAAGCUAAGCUGUGAUGGACUGGAUAAGACAUCCUGAUACAACACUUGCCUACUUGCCAUGGCGUCAGAGAUGGAGAAGGCCGAUGCCCUCCUUCACACCUUCAGCACGGCCUCUGCGCUCUCCAGUUUGGCACUUGGAAUGUUCUGCUUCGUGGCUGAUAGAGUCCAGCAAGCAACGUUCAUCCAGCAAAACGAUUGGCUGAGAGCUCUUUCUGAUAGCGCCACACACUGCGUGAUAGGCAUGUGGUCAUGGGCCAUUGUCAUUGGCUUGAGGAAGAGAAGUGACUUCUGUGAAGUGGCCCUUGCUGGUUUCUUUGCCUCGGUUAUUGACCUGGAUCACUUUUUCCUUGCCGGCUCUGUCUCUUUAAAGGCUGCUACCAACCUUCAGCGCCGCCCCCCUCUCCACUGCUCCACUCUCAUUCCGGUGGUUGCCCUCACACUGAAGUUCCUCAUGCAGCUCCUAAGACUAAAGGACUCCUGGUGUUUCCUGCCUUGGAUGCUGUUUAUAUCAUGGACUUCCCACCACGUGCGAGACGGGAUACGUCAUGGACUGUGGAUCUGUCCGUUUGGAAAGACUGCUCCACUGCCAUACUGGCUCUACGUGGCAGUCACUGCCUCCCUUCCCAGCGUAUGCUCUCUAAUCAUGUAUCUCACUGGGACGAGACAACUCAUGACUACAAAGCACGGGAUACAUAUCGAUGUGUAACACUGUCGGAUGCCUUGAAUUCUCAUCAAUCUGAAUGUUUACAGAAGCAUUCUCUCACCUUUCAACCACCCAGUUCCACCACUUUUCCAUCUAGCAGGCACCACACAUUUAUCGUUACGAUAGCACUGGGUAUAAGUUGUUGAAGCCUUAAGUAGUGUUUUCCCAUUAGUUGUUCAUAUUCAGGGUUACUUGCUGGGGAAUAUCAAGCUUCCCGCUUAAUUUCUGACAUGACUUCUCUAAUAAUGUACUGAAAUAUUUAAUAGAAUCCCUUUAUGUCAGCUUUACGUCGGUUCAGUAUAAAAA